UUCCUGGAAACCUAAACCCUAUCCCUAGUUUUCUCUGGUUCUCCAAAAAUUAACGGGCUUUAAAAGCAGAUGGAUUCCCGAUCAGCAGCCCUCGGUCUACAGCGCUGUUCCCACAAAAAGUGGCACAAAUCCCCACAUGUUUUGUUCCCUGUGAACAGUUAUUAUGCACUCACCCUAACAGUACUGUGUGUGUCGCUAUCUCUCAUCACCUUCUCCUACUCCUUGUUUCCCCAAGCUUUGCUCCAAAAGGAUGGAUGAAAAUUGUAUUUACUUAACCAAAAGUAAAGACAAGCCGUAUGAAGAAAUACGUUGGCUACAAUGUACAACAGUUACUGGUUCUCUCCCUAGCUAUCAUUAGCACAUGUUUUUCUUUUUUCAUUCAUUCACUGAUCUAAACCCAUUUAAGUUGCUGCCUGCCGAUAGGUUAUGAAUCUGAAAAGGAUUGAAAAAGAUAUAAAGGGAGGAGGUACCCAGUAGUUUUCAUUGCAAAAAAGCUAGGGCUUUGUACUUUCCAAUUCUAAUCCACAAAUGUUCUCUUCCACCAGCAGUCUCAAUCCUCCUCCACACUUUCCCUCAUCUUCAUACCACCAUUUUCCUCCUCCUUUUGCUAACCACGAGCUUGGCGACAUUUUCUUGAAUCAAUACCAUCACGACCUGCUUUCCGGUCCAUUUUUACCCACCAAUACUCCAUUUCCUGGAAACGUCAAUUUUGCAGUUUCAAAACAUCCAACUAUGAAUAGGGAAAACAAUAUUGGAGAGUAUCCACCUUGUAUUGCCAAUUUCCUUGUCAACAAACCAGUGAAGAAAGAUCGGCACAGCAAGAUUUACACGUCCCAGGGCUUGAGGGAUCGACGGGUGAGACUGUCCAUUGGAAUCGCCCGCAAGUUUUUUGAUCUCCAGGACAUGCUAGGGUUUGACAAAGCUAGUCAAACCCUAGAUUGGCUGCUGACCAAGUCUAGAAAAGCGAUCAAAGAAGUUGCACAAAUGAAGCAGAACUUUAGUGGGCAUGCCAAGCUUUUGUCUCCCUGCAGUUCUGAGUAUGACGCGUUUUCCGGAAUCAACACGGUCACCGAUAGCGAGAAAUUAGAAGGGAGAGUUUCGAAGAGCAAGUCAUUGCUAAGUUCCAGUGUUUCGAACGACAAGAAGACGAAAACGCCGAGUAAAGGUGACAUUCAUCUUCUUGCCAAAGAGUCGAGGGCGAAGGCAAGAGCAAGGGCAAGGGAAAGGACCAGGGAAAAAAUGUGCACUGCAAGGCUGCACGAGUCGAAAAAAUGUCCAACAGGACCUCAAAUUCUACAACAAUAUUUGAGCCCACAAAGUCAGCGUGAAGUUAGUGAAAGAUCCUCCAAGGUGGUGGCGGAAAUCGAAGAACUACAUUCUCACCUAGCGGAUCAAGGACUAAGAGCAAGCGUUAUUGAUCAGGAAUCCGUAGUGAUCAGAAAAAAGUUGAAGCCAUCUGGGAGAUUGGAUUAUCAUCAGCCAAACUUGGUGAUAUCGAAAGAUCUAAGCUCCACCAAUGGGAAUAGCAACUACUUUCCCAAUUUAUCUCUCACUUGGGGCAUUAAUAGCGCAGUUGCAGUACGCUCUAGCUUUUAUACCGUCGGCAACACGAAUAAUUCUAAUUAAAGAACUUCAUAUCUACGGGGAACCUUUGGAAGACACUGCCGAUCAACUUCCGCACUCAAAUGCAUAUCUUCAAACAAUAGCAUGAUGGCAUCGAAGGUUUUACUUACGCAUCAUCGAUGUAAGCUGUACUUGUUUUUUUCUUGUUAUAUAUAGCAGAAAAUGGGUGUACCUCUGGAAUGCUAGCUUAUGCAUAUUUAUCUAUGAAUUACUUCAGGUUAUUUGGCGAUGGAAUAUUAAUGAAGAUGCAUGCAUUUUACCUCC